GACGGAAUCUAAUUAUUUUAAAAUAGUUAACAGUACAUGGUUACCAAAUUUUUAAUUUUUUUGUUGCCAUAAAAUUUCACUGAAUCAUCAUUUUCAAUAUUUUGAUAUGCUAGCGCAGCCUGCUGCUGAUAAUGCUGACAACACUGGCGCACAACUUGAUGCUCACAAUUGACUUGAAACUAGAAACGAGCAAAAACCGGGAUUUUUCGAGGCGUUAUACUUUAUAGGCAAGUUUCAGACCAUUUCGAUCAAUUUUUCGUGUAAAUUAGUUGCGAUCGCGAUGUUUAUUAGUGUUAAGAGAAUAGAAUACUUAGUUUGAGUGGUUACGUGACUGCUUCGUACCGGUAUUUUUUUGAGAACUUACACGGUAAAACCACAAGUGCAAAAUGAUUGAAUUAGGUUAGUUGAAAAAUUAACGAAUUUUAUGACGCAUUCCAAAAAUUCGGUAGUAUGCAGGAGGAAGGCAUCGGUCAUCUCAUUGUUGGGUUCCAUCCCGUUUCACGUUAAGAGCAAGAUUGAAAAACAAAUGGAGUAAUAUAAAAAAAAAAUGCUUUGUCCGCCAUUACUGAUUUUUCUUUCGCGUACCCCCUGAAGGCUUUCGAGUACCCCAGGUUGAGAACCGCUGGCGUAGACGAUGGAAAAACCAUUAAGUCUUCUUCUUCUUUGAAACACACGUAACACGUGUUUUUUUUUCUGGCAUAAUCUUGUUAAAAAUUGGUUUGCAAUUCAUUAUUGUUGAAAAAUAAUAGAAAUUUAAAUAUUUGCGCACUCUAAACAAACUAGUGUAGUAAUUUUCUGGAAUAAAAGUUCCUACACAAAAUUUUUGUUAUUUUAUUCAGUAAAAUUUACACAAAUUCGUUAAGAAAAAUAGCUAGAAUCUAAAUUUGGGUUUGCGGUUUGCGCUUAAUAAACAUCGAAAACAUGAACUACUCCAACAGUUGUAGACUUGGUUUAUGAUUUAAAAUCAUUGUGAUUUCCUUAGAUCAUCCCGAAAAAAAAAAAAUUCCGAAUUUUUAAAUUUGAUAAAAACGAAACUUGAACUUUUAAGAAUUUAUUUUUGAUCGUGUCGUGUCGAACUUUGACUUUGGAUAAUGGCUUUGAACUUCAAUAGGCAAUUUGGGGUUCAACAGUCGUUUCAAACUCCAGCAGUCACUUGGGAUUCGUACAGGCAAUUUUAAUUUCGUCAAGCAAUUUGGUAUUUGACAUAUUCUGUUCUUUUUAAAGCAAAGAACAGAAUAUUGUAAAGGAUGUAAAGUUAAUAGCUGAAAAAGAACUUUAAUUAGAAUAAAUCAGAGAACAUAAUCUAAUGUACACAAUAGACAGGUAUAUUAACAUCUUAAUUUCAUGGUGAAUUAAGCAUUUGAGUUAUACAACCUGAAACUACUCCACAAAACAGCUCUGGCACAUGUUGAAACUAACUCAUAAUUACAGUUAAUGGUAUUUUCCAUACAGCAACAGCACACCCACGUUGGGAUUAAUGCUGCUUCCUUCUAGGAAAUAAAUCCCACAGCUGCUCUCACGGUCUGCACCACUUUCCAUGCUGAUGACCAGCUUUAGUCUUGCUGCCACUUUACGCAGUAACCAUGGUCUUUCAUUUACGAGACGACAUUGCAAGUGCCAGUCAUCUUGAGCAUGCCAGCAUGCCUACUUGUCCGUCCACAGCACAGAAGAGAAUGAGGGGAGUUUAUUGGUUUUCUUCUAUUCAUUCAAUCUAAAGCUUUAUUGCACCGGGCCCUGACGUCAGCUUUGAGUGAGAAAAAAAAGAACACAGCAAGUCUGAAGUGAGCUUUUCAUGCAUAUUUCAUCCCCACUCGUCGUCUCCACCGCCUUUUGUAACGAUCGUGUUUCUAUCCGACUGGUCGUUUGUCUUUUCUUUGUGUCUGUACAGUUGCUACCCCGUCAAGUCAAGAUGAUGAGCUCCCGGAAGUGGCACGGAAGGAAACUGCAGCAGCGACAAGUUUUGCACCAGUUGACUUUAAUUCAAUUUGCUCUCGGAAAGCAAUCCAAUGCCACUUCUGGAGUCUCUGCACUGCUUUGCUGCCGUUCGGCUUCAGAGCACUGGCGAUUUAAUUUCUGGGAUCAUUUUUCAAACCCUUGACAGAUCGGGCAUCUAAUUUUGUUGCACUUAAUCAAUUUAUUUCUUGUUCAAUCACGCUUGGUCCAUCGUUCAUUGCAACAGUGUAGAUUUAAUUAUUCCUCUAUCGGAAAAUGCACAGCAUAAAUCUAUGAGUAACGGUGUGAAUGUCGGAAACAAACUUCACAAGUUACAGAAAUAUUCAGAUUUUGCCCAAAAUAUGUACCCUUUACUUUUAUAAUGAACAAAUUCAACCGAAAUACAUUAAUUAAUGACAAUAAAACAGACUCUUGGUACAGUAAACAAUACAUAUGUUUACAUCGUUUACAUUGUUAUUUUCGUUCUUUCGAAGAAAAUUGUGCUUAGAAGUGUUCCCCGAUAUCGAAAGAGUUUUCGAUAACGGGUUCUUCAUUUCAAAAUUGGUAACAGCACAUGAUUAAAUAAGAAAAAUUAAAAACCAAAUUACUCUUGAAUUAAAGUGAAUUACGCUAGACAAGCUCGAGUUCAAAUCAUUAUUCUGUAAACUGAAAACUCGGUACUUUUCAGAAAAAAACUUUUCCCAGCCCUAUUAUUCGGUGCAACGCUAAUCCAAGAUAGUGCUGGGACUUUUAACCGGAUAUAUUCGUGAUCCGGUUAUCCGAAGCUCGGAUCACGGAUGUGUAAACGAAUACUAUUCGGAUGUCCGGAUAAUCCAAUAGUCGGAUAUACUAUCCGGAUAUCCGGAUUUUUUUUCUAGCUUUUAGGCCCGUUCGAAUGAAAUGUAACGCGAAAAAUGGCUUAUUCCACAAUUCCCCAACCCCUCGUAAGUAUUUAUUUACAUAAUCCUCAUUAAACUAUGUUCGGAUACAAUUUCCGGAUAUCCGACUAUCCGAAAAUCCGGAUAUCCUGUCGGAUAAUAUCCGGAUAUCGGAUUGAUCCGGAUUUUGGAUAUUUGUCCGAUAUCCGAGGUCGGAUAUCCGGAUAUUUUAAUCCGGAUAGUCCCAGCACUAGUCCAAGGUGGCCACUUUCUGACGAAAAUUGGCAGAUCAGUAUGUUUCCUGGGCAUAUUUCAACAACCGGGUGUUUACUUCAAGUGCUUUAAGGGAGGGCGUAAGUCCUGGAUCUGUAAGGGUUCCGACAAAAGCCAAUUGUACAGGCAUUGCGGUAGUUCAGGCCAUAAAACGAAAAACUGCGGAUAGUCUUCCAAGUGCCGGGUAUGUUCCUGCAAACGGGACGCCAAGCAUUGUAUGAAAAGCCCAGCAGGUAAACCGGCUACUGAGCCACGGGCGUAAGGAUGAUACAACUGAACCUGAGCCACUGCUACGCGGAACAGCAGCUGCUAUACUAAGCAGCCUCUGAGUCGAUGUCGGGCAUAGCCAUCGUAUCGGACCCCAACCGUAUCUCUUUCGGAAACGGUAACUGGGUCGCGAAUAGGUCCAGCAAUGCGGCUAUAUGGACGACGAGCAGGUUUCCGGUUCAUAAGGUUAUGUCAACCUCAAACGGAGGCUAUGGCCGAGAUGAACGGAGUGUCCUACUGCAGUUGCUACGCUCCGCCACGUUGGUCUAUCGAAAGGUUCACUCAGAUAAUCGACCUCGUAACCAUGAAGUUGACGGGCCUAACGCCGUGGAUGAUAGCGGGCGGACUUCAACGAUUGGGCUGUUGAGUAGGGAAGUCGCUAUACGAAUCAGAAAGCGACCAGUUUACUGAUGGGUGGACGCGAUUGCGGACCUCCACAGCGCGUGUCUCCGUGCAAGACGGGUCUGCGACAAGAGGGCUUGUUUUGAUAGGCUAUGCGCGAGUGCCAAUAUGACUCCGAGGAGUGACACUUAUAGGAUCGUAAUGGCCAAGACCAAAGGCGUGUUGGCACCUGCAGAGCGAUCACCAGCGAUGCUGAAGCGUAUCAUCGAGGGACUUGCCUCCCGGUGGUCCAGUCUCACGUCUGACAUUCCAGUAUCUCAGACACAACCCAGGGUUGGUCGGCCAACUUGCCGGAGAUUCAAUUCAUGAGUGACAAUAGCCAUGUCGAGGUUGAGAAGAAGGCAAGGGAUAUGAAUGAGAAACUUAUUGUGAUCGCCAACACCUUAAAAGUAAGCAAGGCACCGGGACUGUAUGUUCGUCUUCUGGAAAGGCUGAGGUGGCAGUCCAGCUCCAUGUUCCGGUGUCGUUGCACAAGAUUUUGGAAAAUUACUUCCGGAAUCGAGUACUAGUUUACACCAAAGAGGAGGGUAAUAAGUGCGUCCCAAACACCGCAAGAGUACCGCAAGUUUCCAUUCUGAGCCCAGUGUUGUGGAAUGUCAUGUACGACGGAUUGUUGAAGCUAAAGUUCUCUGUAGGGGUUGUGAUCAUCGGCUUUGCGGACGACAUAACGCUGGAGGUCUAUGGGGCGACUCCAUACAUAUGCUGGCCAAGCAAAAAAAAAUCUUCAAAUCAAAGAACAUGGGGUUUAUUCAAUAUAAGGACGCUGAGCCCGAAUUCAAUAUUAUAUUUGCAUGAAAAUGCGUAUUUUAUUUUUAUUUUGAACACCAGGGAAAUUUUCAUACUUGUUCAUUUAUUAUAUGAGGAAAAUUGUACGUCGAUUUCAAAGUUUUAGACAACAAAAUAGGGUAAAUGUACCCUUAGUGGAGGUAGUACCAAUAGUGGAGGUAGUGCGAUAUAGAGUUUUUUCUUUUAUUUUGAGUAAGACUGGCAAAAAAAGUAUAAUGCAACAUGUUUGUAUGGGUUUUAUGUAAUGUUUAAGGGAAAAAUUCCCAUUUUACAGCGAAACACUAAAGAGAAAAAACAUUUUUCCAAAUCACUAGCUGAAUACCGCUUGAUUUUUAGUGUUUUCUUAAGCUGCAUUCGAUUUUAUUUAAGGGAUAUUCAUUAAGUUAAAACAAAGUCUCAUAUAAUUUUUAGUACUUAUUGUGUAGAAAACUCAUCAAUUUUAAGAUUCAUUAGCACUUAAAUCGUUGUUGUUUGAUUUAACCCCGUUUUUUUCAACUGCGCCAUUAUUGGUACACAGAAACACCGUUGCUCCCAUAGUGGAGGCAUUCGAAUGUUUACAAGUGUCAAACGAAAACAAAUCGUUUACAGUUCAGAUUUUUGGAUAUUCAGCGCAUAUACAUUGUUUGCGCAGCGAACAGGUUUCGAGCUAUAUCAUUGGACCUCAGCUCACCAGUGUGUCCAUUCGCGCCUCGCCGUGUGUGCGAUUGUCGCAUCUUUUGCUUGCUUCGUCCUCCGCUUUGUGCCGUGUUACACUCCGAACGCAAAACGAUCAGCGACGAUCCUAUUUUCCGUUUUUUUAGAGAUACCACUCGCUUACCCUCCUCUACGCGUUGACGAAGGCGUCCACAUAUAGGUAAAAACUUUAGAAUUCUUGUACUAAAAAACGUUUUAGCUUCAUAACUCAUUUCAAAAUGGGUUCUGCAGCGAAAAAAAUACAUAAACACGAUGAAGGAGCUAUCACCCGCUGCAUGGAGUUGGUCCUCUCUAAGAAAAAGUCACUGUACGCAGCAUGCAAAGCUUAUGGCAUCCCUCAGUCUACCGUUCGUUACCGACUUAGUGGCAAGUGGACCAGAAAAGCCCGGAAACGGCCACCUACUGUUCUAACAGGAGACGAAGAACAGAAACUCGUGCAAUAUUUGAAAACGAUGGAGAAGAAAGGAUUUCCGGUAGUUAAGGAAUUACUUCUGCAUAAAGUGAAGACAUUCUUCGGAACGAAUUCUCGACCCAAUCCGUUCACGAACAAUGUCCCAGGUCGAAAAUGGCUGGAAGGAUUCCUUCGCCGGCGUCGUGAAAUCACUUUCCGCACGCCAGAAACUGUGUCUUCCGCAAGUUCUAAAGUAAAAGAGGCAGACAUUCGCGGAUGGUUCACGAACGUAACAUCAUAUCUCGAGGAAAUCAACCUUAUGUCAGCCGCAUCGGAUGCAACCCGCAUACACAACGGCGAUGAAACGUCAUUCUACCUACACCCACAAACGAAAGCCGUGCUAGCUAGCCGUGGCACUAAGAAUGUGUAUGAAUGCGAGCAUGCAGACGGGCACAAAAACAACAGUAAUGUUGACCUUCGGAGCAGACGGAUCAGUUGUACCUCCAGGAGUUGUUCUUCCUAUGCAGCGCCUAUCUGUGGAAGUAUUGCAGAAGUUCCCCGGAGAGUGGGUAUUGGCAAAAGUGCAAAGGGGUGGAUGGAUACCGCCAACUUUAUGCUAUACAUCAGGAACGUUUUCUACCCUCAUCUUCAAAGGAAAAAGUGCAGUACCCAGUGCUGUAUUUCGUGGAUGGUCACUCUUCACACACGACUGCGGAGGUGGCCGAUCUGUGCUUGGAUUUGGGUAUUGUGCUGAUUGCUUUAUAUCCAAACAAUACAAGAAUAACUCAGCCAGCAGACGUCGCCAUUUUUAAACCAUUGAAAAGUGCCUGGAAGACUGCCGUAUCGGAGUGGUGGCUGGAAAAUGGAGGUGAAAAUCUAUUGCUGAAACACUUUCCUGACGUACUGCAAAAGGCUAUGAACAAAGGAAUCAAAACGACCAGUGUUAAGAACGGGUUCAGAGUUUGCGGAUUAUUCCCUUUUGGUCCUGAAAAUGUGGAUAACGACAAAUGUAUUGCCUAGUCAACUAGCGAAAACCCUAAUAAACCAGUAGCUCAAGAAACAGACAAGGAACUUUCCACCUUCAAUUCAGUAGAGGUCAAUCCUGAAUUGAAUGAGGAAAAAGAAGAUGUAAUUAUUGAAGCUACGGUUAUCAUUCCAACUUCAAUAAUCAAAGAUGCUAUAGAUUGCAUUGGUAGGGAGCGCAUUAACAGCUUUAGUGGCGGUUCUGUCUUAUCUGCAGAAGGAGAAAUCAUCCGGCAGCUAUAUGAGAUGUUGUUGAUGCCUAUUGAUUCGCAGUUAUUGAACAGUACGACUCCAGAGAUGACUGUGUCAAGUGACUACAUAUCUGAGGAUAAUCCAACAUUUAUUGAGGAGGUAGGUGACGAUAGUUUCAUAUCAGAUGACAGUAUUCCACUCAGUGUCAUGAAAGAGAAGACUGGACACAACAUUCCGAGCCGUAAAAUAAGCAUAACCGAAUUGCUUCAAACUCCGCCAACUCCUCGUCGGAGCAACAUUCACAGGAAUUAUAAAAGAAAAUUCCACCCGGUACUGACGGCCUCAGAGCGGCUUGAAGAAAUUCGACGACAUGAACAAGAAAAAAAAAAGGUGCAGCCAGGAAAAAAGCCAGAGUAGAGGAAAGAGAGCUUGCUAAAAUAAAAAAAGAACAACUGAAGAAAGAAAAAACAAAAAUUCGUGAGCGAAAACAAGAGGAAGCUGAGCAACGUAAGAAUAAAAGAGAAGAACUUCGAAAAAAGAAACAGAAAAAAGCUGAACUACGAAAAAAGGAGAGAGAGGAGAAAAAACGUAAAAAGCUAACGGAAAAUAAUCGAGAAAAAAAGCAAAAGAUCGAGUUACUCGAGGCACUGAAGCUAAAAUGUCAGAGAUAAUUCUCUUCUGAUGAUUUUUUCAGGUUAUUUUUUUUUUGUUAUAUCAUUUUAACUGACUUUUAAUUUAAGCUAUCUUUUGAAUACAUUGACUGUGUAUUCAAUGCAUUUGAAAUGCUCCAUGGUUACUGGUUAAUAAAUCCCAUAUUUUCAUUAAAUGUUGUUAAUUUUCAAUUGCAUAGAAAAUGAGCGAAAAUGAAAAUGAAUCCAGUCAACUCGAUUUUCUAGUAUGAAUUAUAUCUAAACUCAACCUAUUAUAAUAUUACCAAAAUUUCACAGAUUUUUCUUAGUUUCAUUCACAAUUCUAAAUGAAAUGUUCAGCAGAGUUAUAGACAGUGGACUGUAGAUUAUAUAGAAAAUGACGGACUUAUGUCGCAUUUUUUGUGAAAUAAAAUAUUCACAUUGAUUUCCAUAUUUAUUUUAAACUCAUCGUUUUUUGUUUUCUAUACUUGUGACUGUUCAACAAACUUCAAAAUGUACAAUCUUCAUCCAUUUCAUUUAUAUAAAUUUCAAGUUUUUAAAACUACCUCCACUAUAGGUACAUGGUACCACCAUUAUAGGAACAGUACCUCCACUAAAGGUACAAAAGCUAUGAUAACAAUUGUUGAUUUUUUUCAAAUUCAUUAGUUUUAAAAAUGCACAACGAGUUAUUUAUCAGCAAAACAACUAAAUUGUCUAUCAAAUCAUAUGUUCAUACAUCCAAAGCUAACUAAGUCUCAAUUGGAUUCGUUAAAAUUUCUCAGAAGUAGCUACUAUUUGCGCCACUAUUGGUACAUUUACCCUAUAUGAUACCCAAGAUUGUUGAGAAAAUAAAAAAUUAUUCAAUUAAAAAUAUAUGUUUCGUGUUACAAAUCAGUUAUGAUUUUUUGUUAUUUUUUAAGUGACAAUUUAAAUUACUUCUUUUUAACGCAUUUUUCUUUUCCUUCACUUCCACCUUCACCUUCAUUUUCAAUGAAAUUUUCAAUAUCUUCAGGGAGAGUUUUCAAGUUGCAAUAUCUAACGUUAAAAUAAUAAUCAGUUAUUUGACCUGCAGAAAUUAGCAGGCAAUUUAUUAUGUCAUGAUUUAGGUUUACACGAUCACUUUUACGAUUGAAUUGUAGAAUACAAACUUAAAACAUGAUUUAUAUUUAUAGCUUAAGUAAAUUAUAGUUCGAUAUUGAACGCAGCAUCAAAAACUAAUCAUUAUUUAUGUUGAUAAGUGUGAUGAAUUAUAUUGAAACAUGUUUAAAAAUUUGGUUAUAUCAAACAAAUUCGAGCCAUUUGUUAUUCUGUUGACGGUUUGCAGUGUGCAAUUUAUAUUUACAUCUUUGAAAUCCGAUAUGUGCCAAACACUCGUUGUUUCUUUUCGAAAAAAAAAAUACUCUGCGCAGGAUCGGACUAGGUGUCUUUGAGAGCAUUUUUACAAGCUGAGCAAGAUCGCGCGAAAUGACCUAUGGUCGAAUAUCGACCAUUUUUGAUUUGAAUGAAACUUUGCACACGUAUUUGGCUUAGCAAACUGAGCAUUUUUCACAGGUGGAGAGAUUUUUUACACCAAUGAGUUACAUUCUAAAAGGGCGUAUGCCUUUUGGCAUAGGUUUUAUUCGAAGCAUUGUAGCCCAGAACUCGUUGGUUGUAUAGAAAAACUGUCUGAGAAUGAGUUGUAGGGAAUUAAAAAUGCACUAUAAAAAAAACAUACACUUUACAAAAAAAAAUUUUGACCAAAAAAAAUUAAAAAUAAACAUUAAAUUUCAAUUUGAAAAAAAAUAUUGAAUUUUUUUUUUUAAUUUUUUUUUUGAGAAACUUGACGUUAAUACGCAACUUUAAAAAGAAAGUCCAGGAUGGAGAAAUGAAAAAUAAUUUUUUUAUGGUAGAUUAAUUUUUUUAUGAAAAUUCUAAUUCAAACAUUUUUCAAAAUAUUUGUAUUCUGAUGAUUUUAAAAGAUGCAGAGAGUCAUUUUGAAUCAAAAAGCUCUUGGUAGUAAACAUUCUAAAGGCAUCGGUUUUCGAGUUACAUUAAAUUUAAGCUCAAUAAAUUAUUAAUAUUUCGGAAAAUACUCGUUUCUUUUUACUUUGUCCAUGGUUCUCCAGCAAAAACCAUUCGUUCAUUGGAAUGCUUAAUCAAAAAUAUACAAUUCAUUCUUUGACAACAAACCGAUUGGAUAAAUAACUCAAGCGCUAAACCUUAUCCUACCUACACGUUUCCCCUUGCCGAAUGUUUUAUAAAAAAUAUGUUUGUCGUGCAACACUACCUACUUGUUUACUAAUAAUAACUGUUUGUAAAGUACGCAACCAAUAACUACUGGGUUACCUGUAAUAUCUGUUUCCGUAUAUAAAUACGAUUGCACUACUCCAGAUGUGUUAGUAACAGUUUGCCUUUUGUGAAGAUGAAUAAAGUGAAAAUGGAAUACACCAAGCCCAAAUGCUGUAAACCCUUUCCUGAUCAUCGGUGCUCAUCAAGCUUACGUAAAUUAAACGAAAACGUUAUUGCAAAAUUAAAAAUAUUGAACAGUCAAGCUCAUUUUAAUACGUCUUUAUCAAUUUGUGAUUCGUGUAGUUAUUGGAAUGAUAGUCAAGCCACCAUUCAUCCCUUCGUUGUUUACUAUUCAGAAUCUGGAACACUUAAGAAUAUCAGCUUCAUUAUAAUAUCGGAAGUACUCCAUCAUGAUACUGUAGCGGUUCAGGUGUUCAUUGCCAGAUUAUGAGUUUUUUGAAAACAACAAUAGAGUUGAAAAAAGCGAUAUUAAUGUUUGAUGGAGCUGCCUCACAAUAUAAAAAUAGAAAAAACUUUGAAAGUCUUUGCAAGUUCAAAACAAAAUAUAACGUCGAUGCAGAGUGGCAUUUUUUUUGCGACUUCUCAUGGUAAAGGCCCAUGCGAUGCACUUGGUGGCAUAUUAAAACGAAUGGCAGGAAAUGCAAGUUUAGCUAAAGAACAUGAACAUCCCAUUACAAGCGCAAAAGAAUUGUAUGAUUGGUCUAAUCAGAAAAGUAAUAAAAAAUUCAUCAAAAUUGUCAUUUAGUUGGGUAUCAUAUGAAGAAUAUGAACAAGGAGUAACAGAAUGGAGCAAUAUUUUCAAAAAAUCUAUAAUAAUAGCUGCCACACAAAAGUAUUAUUCUUUUGUUCCGAUUUAAGAAAAUAAGAUACAAACGAAGCUGUUUUCAAAAGAUGACGAAUCAUUUACUUAUGAUGUAUAUAAAAUAUUAGGUGAAACUAGUUCUGUAAUGCACCUAUUUCAUAAAAAAAUAUGUUCCUCAGAUAAUAAAACUCGAAAAAAAAUAUUUGAUUCUUAUAUAUAUUUAUAUCACUUAGAACAUUUAGCUCUUUUCUUGAGAACCGUUCGCCCAAUCGUUUUGUUGUCAAAGAAUGAAUUGUAUAUUUUUGAUCAACCAUUCCAAUUAACGUAUGGUUUUUACUGGAGAACCAUGGACAAAUUAAGAAAAACGUGUAUUUUUCUAAAUAAUAAUAAUUCUUCGAGCUUAAAUUAGAAAUAACUCGAAAACCAAUGCCUUUAGAAUGUUUACUACCAAGAGCUUUUUGAUUCAA